ACUAUAAAUUCUCUCUCAUCUUCUUCAUUUCGCAUUCAUGCUUGCUCUGUUAUAUCUCUAGUUUCUUUCUUCUCCUUUCUAUACCUACAUAGCAUAUAUGGCAUUUUCCAGAUACGCAGUUAAUGCUUCACUUCUUCUUGUCUCUCUUCUGUUUCUCCAUCUCGCAGAAGCUCAAGAAACGAUUAGCAUCAAUGGAGCUAUUGCGCCUGCACCGUCCCCUUCAACCCAUUCCAUAGAUUGUGGAGUGGCAUGCGAGGGAAGGUGUAAAAUGUCAAAAAGGCCUCGACUGUGCAAAAGGGCUUGUGGGAGCUGCUGCGCCAAGUGCAACUGUGUGCCUCCAGGGACUUAUGGCAACCUUGAGUUUUGUCCUUGCUAUGCUAAUCUUACCACUCGUCAACAACUUCGCAAAUGUCCUUGAACUUCAUCUUUAUAAUGCCCUUCUAUUCAUCUAUGAUCUUUACUUCUGUCUGUGUUUUGUCAAAUAAAUCAACAUUAUUGGUUGUACUGAGAUUUUCUUGCCUUUUCUUUUCUUUUCUUUAAUCUUAAAUUAAUAAGAAAUUAAGGAGAUGCACUAUCUCACUUCACUUUUAUUAUAGCUUGCCUUUGAUGUCAUUUAGCUAAGGAAGUAUCUAUGUAUAUGACAAAAUGAUGCGGUCUCAUUUGUGCCAUGUCAUAAAAUUUUUCCUUAUUAAAUAAAUUUUCUUCCAUGUA